UUCUGGUUCCCCAUGUUGGCGCAAUUGUCAUACAUUAAGAAAUUUCCCUCCAGGAUGAAUAAAGUUGAAUCAUACCAUAUAAUAUAAUAUACCAUACCAUAUCAUAUCAUAUCUUAUCUUAUCUUAUCUUAUGCGAACACUUUACAGCGGUACACACCACACAGUGGUAACAACGCUGUCAUUUAUUACUGUAAAUAGAGAAAGAGGAAGCGUGUGAUUUGAACGGCUCUCUGGGCAGAUUAUGCCGAACUCACGCGGACUCGGAGAAGUGAGCCUGAGACACGAAUAUUAAAAAUAACCCAACACUGUGCCUGUAUCCCCAACACAAUGACUCGACGGCCUCGUUCCAGUGUUUAUUGUCUUAUAGGCACUCUAAUUUUUGUUUAUAGAAUUUUAUUUUAUGACUUCUACAUUAUUGAGUCAGUAUAAAAAAAUUCUUUACAUUCCAGAUAUCAGUUUUCCACACCUUCUGUCCAAUCAGAACGCAGAAUUCAACAGCGCUGUGGUUCGCCAUCUUGUCCACUUCAUCACUGCAAGUCUCCGGAUCCGGUGCACCCUAUCCGGUGUCUCCACGCGCUCAGGGUCCUCCUUCUCUCCUCCGCUCUUGGUUACCAUGGCGAUGACGUCAGCGAGCACCACGGAUUUCGGCCCAGUAGAAAGGAAGAGCUCGACAAACAGGGCGUGGACUUGCUGAGACGCAAUAACGGUUCCGUCUUUCCUGCGGUAUCACUCCGUCCAUAACAUCUCUCCUCCUCUUCUUCUUCUUCUUCUUCUUCUCCUCUUCUGAUCUUCUCCUCUCAGCUGCAAAAAUGCGCGAAAUCGUGCACCUGCAAGCCGGACAGUGCGGCAACCAGAUCGGAGCCAAGUUCUGGGAGGUGAUCAGCGACGAGCACGGCAUCGACCCGACUGGGUCGUACCACGGAGACAGCGACCUGCAGCUAGACAGGAUCAGCGUCUACUACAAUGAAGCGUCAGGUGGGAAGUACGUACCCCGGGCCAUCCUCGUGGAUCUGGAGCCCGGCACCAUGGACUCGGUCCGCUCCGGACCCUUCGGACAGAUCUUCAGACCCGACAACUUUGUGUUUGGACAAAGUGGUGCUGGAAACAAUUGGGCAAAGGGCCACUACACUGAGGGGGCGGAGCUUGUGGACUCUGUGAUGGAUGUGGUGCGUAAGGAGGCGGAGAACUGCGACUGCCUGCAGGGAUUCCAGCUCACGCACUCUCUGGGUGGCGGCACCGGAUCAGGUAUGGGCACGCUGCUCAUUAGCAAAAUCCGCGAGGAGUAUCCCGACCGCAUCAUGAACACGUUCAGCGUGGUGCCCUCGCCCAAAGUGUCCGACACAGUGGUGGAGCCCUACAACGCCACGCUGUCCGUACACCAGCUGGUGGAGAACACCGACGAGACCUACUGCAUCGACAACGAGGCACUUUACGACAUCUGCUUCCGCACGCUGAAGCUGACCACGCCCACUUACGGCGACCUGAACCACCUGGUCUCGGCCACCAUGAGCGGCGUCACGACCUGCCUGCGUUUCCCGGGGCAGCUGAACGCAGAUUUGCGCAAGCUGGCCGUCAACAUGGUCCCCUUCCCACGUCUGCACUUUUUCAUGCCCGGGUUUGCUCCUCUGACCAGCAGGGGGAGCCAGCAGUACCGUGCUCUGUCCGUGCCCGAGCUCACGCAGCAGAUGUUCGAUGCCAAGAACAUGAUGGCCGCCUGCGACCCGCGCCACGGCCGUUACCUCACCGUGGCCGUCGUCUUCCGAGGCCGCAUGUCCAUGAAGGAAGUGGACGAGCAGAUGCUCAACAUCCAGAACAAGAACAGCAGCUACUUCGUCGAGUGGAUCCCCAACAACGUCAAGACGGCCGUUUGCGACAUCCCGCCACGCGGCCUCAAGAUGUCCGGCACCUUCAUCGGCAACAGCACUGCCAUCCAGGAGCUGUUCAAGCGCAUUUCUGAGCAGUUCACUGCUAUGUUCAGGCGCAAGGCUUUCCUGCACUGGUACACCGGAGAGGGCAUGGAUGAGAUGGAGUUCACCGAGGCCGAGAGCAACAUGAACGACCUGGUCUCAGAGUACCAGCAGUACCAGGACGCCACCGCCGAGGAGGGCGAGUUCGAAGAGGAGGGCGAAGAGGAAGUCGCUUAAAUCUAAACCACGCCCCUUUUCCCCCUUUCAAUCCGUCCGUCCAUCCUCAUCUUCAUCUCAAUUCAGGUGUUCACAAAAUUAAUCGAAGGGGGGUUUUUCUUUCCCACAUCUCCGCUCGCAAUCAUGGUCCUUACAGCUGUGAGGUUUAAUUUUCAUUAAACCGUGCAACCUUUUUUUUUUUAUUUUAUUCAUUUGUCUUUGUGUGUUUGUACGUUGUGAGUUCACUGCAUCAUCUCCACGUUCACAUGAGAAGAAGUUGAGAUCAUGAGAUCAACUGUGAAGCCUGCUGAUGUGUGACUAACUUAACUUCUGUCGAGAUCUGAAUAAAGGCUAUUUCUACACCUAAGCACCUUUUUCUUUUUAUUUAUCAUGCAUAUCUAUUUUUCAAAAUAUGUUCCCUCACAGGUACAACAGUGCUCCUUAAGGUCCACUCAUGUCCCUUAAAUCAGCUGUGAAGCUACGCAAGCUUGACCGCCCGUGUAACUAAACGUACCGAGCUUGCGUUCGGAUUCCGACGACGCCACAGCCAUCCAUUGCAAUGAUCCAAGUGAUGGCAUACGUGUACGUGGAGGGCAUGUUUGUUCUACUAAACAUUAUACGCACCCUAGAGGGCUCUUCAUCCCAUUUUCUUGAAUGUAGCUGCGCCUACUGGGCACUGCGUCUCACUUUCUCCACUGAAAACGCUCCCAUGUGGGCACUUUAUCAUAUUUCCUCUCAAGGAAGAACACCAUGUAAGACACUCACAUAUUCUCCACUGGAAGGGCACCCUAGAGGGCACUUUGUAAUAUUUUCUUGCACGUCGUAGCACCUUAAACGGCACUUUAUCAUGUUUUCUUGCACCUUAAAGAGCAUUUAAUCAGGU